UUCGAAAAUCUACUCCUAUCAUGGCAUCUCAUCAAGUAAUCCUCGUCUUGAUGUUUUCUGUCUUCUUAAGUGUUUCAUAUGCGUGCACCAACUCCACCAUCGCUGCCUUCAAUAUACAAGUAUUGGGGAAGACUAAGAUGGGAAAACCGGAAGUGGUCAACUAUUUGACAAAGAUUAUUGUUCGAUAUGACAUAGUCCUCAUCCAAGAAAUACGAGAUAUCUCAGAGACAGCUAUUUACGAGCUACUCGAUGGGGUUAAUAAUAGGCAACCAGGAGUCAAUUACAAAAUGGAACUAGGACCACGGGUCGGUCGAACUUCCAGCAAGGAACAAUAUGCCUAUUUUUACAGGGAAGAUAAAUUCAGGGCACUGCAGUCGUUUACUUACAAUGAUAUAUCGGACGAUUUUGAAAGAGAACCAUUUGUUGUUCUCUUUGAAAACCUGGAUAGUGGAGCGAAGGUAUCCAGGUUUUCCAUCGUUGGACUCCACGCUAAGCCCGACCAUGCUCCGCAAGAGAUAGAUUACUUACUUGAUGUCUAUAAUGACGUCAAAGUACAAUUUGGAGAAAACGUCAUACUCAUGGGGGAUUUCAAUGCCGACUGCAGUUAUGUAACUGGAAGUGAGUUUGCGAAUCUUAAACUCAACACGAUGUCAUCUUUCGCUUGGCUCAUCGAUUCUUCAGCCGACACGACUGUAAAGUCAUCACACUGUGCUUAUGAUAGGAUCGUGCUUGCUGGACAGAAGUUGAUCGAAAACGGCCGCGAUGCCGGAGUCUUCAACUAUCAAGAAGAAUAUUGUAUAACACAGGAUUUGGCUGAGGAUAUCAGUGAUCACUACCCUGUAUACUUUACCAUCGUCUAAACUCUAGAAGAUGACGCGCUCAUCAAAUUUGUCGGAACCAAUGACAACAGUUUCCGUCGAAUCAAAUGAAGUCAUUGUGUAGAAAAGUAAAAUUCCUUUAGUACUGAAAUAAUCAGUAAUAACUAAUUAUUGAAAACAUAUAGUGAUAUCAUCAAGAUAUCACCAACGAAAGAUGAUAUUACCAUUAACUUCAAAUAAUUAUAUUAGAAAGGAUUAAUUAAUUUCGUCAAGAUCCUUAUUCCGUAGGCAAAUUCUUACAUGUUAUGUCGAUACCGGUCAUCCAUGCCUUACUUUACCCCCUCGCCCCAAGCUCGAACCCCGACUUUCUUUCAAAUAUAAAAAUUGCAUUUUUUGCGAAUCUGUUGAGACGGUGUUUAUUUAACUCUGUUGACCCCUUUCAACGUUUUGAAUAGAAUAUUUGUUUCACAUUGGAAGCAACUGCUUGAUGAAUAUACUCUAAAUAAAUACGUUUCUGGUGGUUUAACUUGGUUACAAACUGAAGUAGUUGAAAAUAAGCUUUAUCAUUUAGGCUGCCAUUCGAAAUUACAUACUACACGCUGUAACACUGUUGCUUCUCUUUUAUUUAUUUUUUCACACUGGUAGCUAGAGGCAGGGGCACACUUAAAUCGACUAAAUACAGGCCACCAAUAACCAACUAGUCGAUUUUUCUUCAUAUCUGGCGUUCUUAAGUAAACAUAAAGAUUUGUUGCCCUUGAUCAUUAGUCAUAAUAGUUCAAUAUUCUAUGUGAAGUUGGUGUUGAAAUGGUUACAAAGAUAUAUAGUUUAACAGUUUUAAGAGUUGAAUUGCUAGCUCGAAUGGGUGGAUUGGAAAAAAAUAUGAUUAGAUUAUUUCAAUAAAUUCCAUAUGA